AUGCGUAACUAUAACGAAGCAUUGAAAUAUUACCAGACCAUACUUGAUAUUAAAUUGAAAUACCAACCGGUAAAUGAUCCUGAUAUUGCUUCAACUUAUGAAAACAUGGCCGGUGUAUACCACAGUCAGAAGCAACACGAUAAAAUGUUUGAAAUGUAUGAUAAAGCUAUAGAAAUUCUAAAAUUAGUUUUACCAUCGUCAUAUCCAAAUAUUGAAAAAGCAGAAUAUGACAGAGAUGUUUUACAAGAUUAUGUUAAAUAUAUCCCAACAUUGUACGAUGUAUCAGCCGCUUUACCGGACGACUUCACCGGUGUCUCAUCUGGAGCCGAUCCACAAUUAGAUUCAUCUCCAAAUAAAUUGCCCGAUGAAUCGGGUUAA